GCUCUCUACCACAAGUGUUCACUUCGUCUCUGUGUGUCUGUCUGACCGCGGAGAGACAGUAACAGAGAGGGAGAAGAGCUCGCGUCAUGCUGAGGAACAGCCCGCACAGAAGCAUGUACCAGGGACAGGAGGCGAGGCUGCGCAGCGGGAGUCUGUCUGUGGCUCGGGAGAGGAAACACCUGGCUCUGUGCAUUAAUAACCAGGAGGAAGUGCGGCGCUACCAUCGCUACUGCAACCACAGUGGAGGGCAAGCGCUUCCCAAGGUGGAGAGGAGCCGUCCUCGUAGGAGUGAGGAGGAAGAUGACAACAGUCCACAUCGCCGUGAGCAGCAGCAGCACCUGGAGACCAAGGCUAUAGUCAUCCAGCGUGCCUGGCGUGCAAAACUGUCCCGUGGAGGGAGUGGGCGGGGGAAAGGCAAGAACCGUGCCGGCCAUCGCCAGGGUGAGACACCCAACCCUUCAGAGAGCUACCAGGACCCUGUGGCCACCACCGACGCAGCUCCGGAGCAGCUAAAGAGCCUCGAGAGCGACUGCAAACACGUUAGCGAUGGAGGCUUCCAGCUGCAGAGUAAUAAUCUCACCAUGGACCUAGAUAACAACAUCAAUAUCAACAUGCCAUCCAUUGAGAACAAGGUGUUCAUUAUUCAGCGGGCCUGGCGUGACUUCCUCCAGAGACAGGAAGCGGAGAAACGGAGCCCCUCCCCACCCUCCCUCGCCUCCUCUGACAAGAUGAGCAUGUCGGUCAGCAUGACAACUCUGUCCGACGGCAGCACCCCAGACUACCGGGAGGAUGGCAUGGACUUAGGGAGCGAUGCAUCCAGUCGCUCCAGCUCAGAGUCCAACUCCAACAAGGUUACACCUUGCUCUCCCACUCUUGACCUGGCCACUUUGGAGGACUACAAAUCCUCCCCCUCUCUGGACCUGGUCACCUUAGAGGACUAUGAGGAGGACGAGGACUACCAAGAGUACAAGAAGAAGGUGAUUGAGGAGUGGGAGAGUGAGUAUGGAGAGGACUGCACCUCGCCUCAACCUCCUAGUCAGGAGGAAGGUGACGGAGGCACAGAGGGUGUUGACGGCCUUGGGAAAGGCUACAGGAAGACAGUGAACAGUCGCAGCCUCGCUGAAGAAUUCCAGGAUGUGAAGACUGUCCCGCCUAUCCCGGCUCCUGGUGGACACACUGCCACCUCAGUCGCAGUUGUUCCAGAGGAACUGAAACAGAAUGGCAAUCUGAUUUUGCCUCGGAGCAACCCACUCCAUUCCCCGGGUACACCACAGGGGGGCACAGGGACUCCCAAGCCCAGCCACCACCGCUCCAGUCAAGGCAGAGGGAGCCGCAGCAGUGGCUGGGGUGGUGGUGGAGGAGGCGGAGGAGGAACAGGGGUACGGAUGGGAGGAUAUAGAGAAGAAGAAGGUUUGGAGGAAGAGCCUCUGCCCACCAUGGACUGGGCAGCCCUGGAGAGACACCUGGCCGGGCUGCAGUGCAGAGAGCAGGAGAAUCAGAACCUCAACCACAACCAGAACCACAACAUAGGCAAGACCCACUACACCUCAGCCCAGAAGAAUGAGAGGGAGUCUAUCAGGCAGAAGUUGGCCCUGGGCAGUUUCUUUGAUGAUGGGCCAGGCAUCUACACCAGCUGCAGCAAAAGCGGAAAACCCAGCCUGUCCUCAAGGCUGCAGAGUGGGAUGAACCUACAGAUUUGUUUUGUCAACGACAGCGGCAGCGAUAAGGACAGCGAUGCAGAUGACAGCAAGACAGAGACCAGCCUGGACACACCUCUGUCUCCCAUGUCCAAGCAGAGCUCGUCCUACUCGGACAGGGACACCACAGAGGAUGACUCGGAGUCUCUGGAGGACAUGGACUUCCUGAGUCGACAGAAGAAGCUGCAGGCGGAGGCGAAGAUGGCCCUGGCGAUGGCCAAGCCCAUGGCCAAGAUGCAGGUGGAAGUGGAAAAGCAGAAUCGUAAAAAGUCACCUGUGGCCGACCUGCUCCCACACAUGCCUCACAUCAGUGAGUGUCUAAUGAAGAGGAGCCUGAAGCCCACUGACUUGAGAGACAUGACACUGGGCCAGCUCCAGGUUAUAGUCAACGACCUGCACUCCCAGAUUGAGAGUCUGAAUGAGGAGCUUGUACAGUUGCUGCUCAUCCGAGAUGAACUACACAUGGAGCAAGAUGCCAUGCUGGUCGACAUAGAGGACCUCACCAGGCAUGCUGAGAGCCAGCAGAAACAUUUGGCUGAGAGAACCCUAUCCAAAUAAAAUGCCCGUCCCUGCACUGCUCUUGUUCUCUUCUAAGCUUAGCCCUCGAUCUGAAGCAGACUUUUCCCCUUCUGGCCACUCAACCACUGUCCUGAGUCAAUCCAAAUCCUGCCCGCUUGUCCCAAGUAUUUUGCUCCUCUCUGCUUCCCCCUGUCUACCCCCCCCAUCCCCCGUCCCCCCGUCUACCUUCUUGUCCAGCCCACUGACUGCAGUGGUAAUAACAGCACAGAAGUCGUAGACCACUCUCUUUCAUUUGCUUCUGUGGUUUUUUGCAGCGCUAAAGAACUGAGAAGCACUUCCUACUUUGUGGGAGAGGAGGAUUGUGUGUUGUCAUGGAUUCUGUCCCCAGCUUCCUGUGCAGUGAUCGGCCUUGCUUUGCUACUGUUUCUUUCAAACUUUCUACAUCCGCCACUGAAUUAUAACUGUUCAAAUGCAAAAAUUGUGGGGGGAAAAAAAUAAAAUAAUAGCGAAAAACUUUAGUAGAAAGUCAUUCAUGCGAAAGAAAAAAAAAAGAAAAGAAACAACACUGUAUAAAAAAAAUUUAAAAAAAUAAAUAAACGACGGAAAACUAACUUCUUCAGACCAUUUUAAGUUGGACAGUAAUUUAAAAGUAUUUCAAAGUUGACCUGUUUUUAUUCUGCACAAAUGGUAGUUUUCAACUGAGAAAUGUUUAUUUGAAGGUGCUAAAAGAGUGUAAAGGAAACAUGCCUGCCUUGUAGUGGAGUCGUAGCUUUUGGUAAUACAUUCACUCUAAUUGCUCUUCAACAUUUUGUGAAUGUUGAUUUUCUGACACGAGUCAUUUGAAAUGAAUAAGUGUGUUAAUAUUGUUUUCAUCCUGUUGUAUUCAGAAUCUUUAUUUGAGGGAAGAAAUGUUAUUGUACAGAUAUGUAAAAUAAAGAAUAAACUUUGUUUCAUAGA